AGCAUUUCUAGAUCCUUCCUAAGCUAAGCAUAAAUACAUUGUAAUAGUCUCUUAGUAAACUACUGAAGAAGUAAGAUUCAAAGUUCAAAGUUUCAUCUUUCUCUAAACAUUCACACGGUAUCAUAGCAAUUGUAACCUUAACAAGUAUUAACAAUGGCCGAUCCACUCAACCCCUACCCCUUUCCUAGCAAUGUUCAUGUCCUAGGUUGUGUCACUCUCAAGCUUACUGAUAGCAAUUACCUGCUAUGGAAGACGCAGAUCGAGUCCCUGCUCUCCAGCCAGAAGCUCCUCGGCUUUGUUAACGACGCUUCUCCACCUCCGGCUCAAACCCGUACUGUCAUCAUCAAUGAGGUCCCUACAGAAGAACCAAACCCACAGUAUGAACAAUGGUGUCUGCACUGAUCAACUUGUCCGUUCGUAGAUAUUUGGUACCUUGUCUGAAGAGGUUCUCAGCUCGGUCCACACGCUCGCACGCUCUAGCGAUGUAUAGAUCUUCCUAGCGGAUCACUUCAACAAAAGCUCCCUUGCAAGAGAGUUCUCCCUCUGUCGUAGCUUGCAACUCCUCACCAAAAAGGACAAAACUUUGUCAGUCUACUACAGAGACUUUAAAGCGAUAUGUGACUCACUUAACGCCAUUGGGAAACCCAUAGGUGAAUCCAUGAAAAUCUUUUGGUUUCUAAAUGGUCUAAGUAGAGAAUAUUACCCUAUCACAACGGUGAUACAGAGCUCCCUUACAAAUUUUCCCUUUCCUACCUUCAAUGAUGUUGUGUCAGAGGUCCAAGGAUAUGAUUCCAAGCUCCUCUCCUACGAAGAAACUCCCACCGUCACCCCACAUGAAGCAUUCGACAUUCACUCUCAACAACAGUCCUAUGGUGGUUUCCAGAACUAGAGAGGUCGUGGAUAUCAACAUAACCGGGGUAGAGGUGGCUACACAACCAGAGGACGAGGCUUCACACAACAUCAGUCAACUCCUACAAACCCUGGAAAUCGACCCACAUGUCAGAUUUGUGGCAGAGUUGGGCACACAACUCUAAAAUGCUACAAUAGGUUCGAUAACAAUUACUAGAGUCAGGAUGCUGCUCAGCCCUUUGCCUCUCUUCAGAUCUCAGGCGGCAAGGAAUGGUACACAGACAUAGGAGCCACUGCUCACGUUACAUAACACCAAUGGUCUUCAGUCUGUCUCUCCAUAUGAAGGAACUGAUACUCUCAUGGUAGCUGAUGGCACGUUCGUUCCCAUCACCCACACUGGUUCUACAACCCUUACAUCACCGUCAGGUACUAUUCCACUCUCUGAAGUCUUGGUCUGCCCUGCGAUACAAAAGUCGUUGUUGCCAGUAUCUAAAUUGUGUGAUGACUACUCUUGUGGAGUAUUUUUUUAUGCUAAGAAAGUUUGUGUGAUUGAUCUCACCACUCAGAAGGUGGUGUCCAAGGGAAACAUGCGUAAUGGUCUCUAUAUGUUGGAGUCUCCUGGUGAUGUUUCUUCUCAAAUCGUCAGCAGGCAGCUUCGGACAGUGUGUGGCAUCACCUUCUUGGACAUGCCAAUCCAAGGAUUCUCCAACAACUACAAAACAGCAAGGAAAUCUUAGUCAAUAAAAGCAGAUCCACCUCCAUUUGUGAGCCUUGCCAGAUGGGGAAGAGUUCAAGACUUCACUACAAAAAAAAUAGAGAUAUUGUGACUAAAUUUUGAUACUAAUCAUUUUGGUCACAGAUCUGUUACAUUAUUGAUACGAUAUCUAACAAUACUAAAAGGGAGAUAUGCUCAAAGGAGAGUAUGUCCAUGUGGGAUUAAAUAAUCAACCAAUCAGAAGACUCUAAUCUGCCAUGUCACUUUCUAUUUCAGUUCAUUUAAAAACUUCACGCACAUAAUAUUUACCCCAUUAGGAAAUUGUAUUUGGCCCACUUUGUAUUAUAAACUCUCAGGCCCAUCCUUUGGUCCAGUCUAUUCGUCGACAGCAAAGGUUAAAUGCGUGAAUUCUUCUUCGGAGAACCUUUGACGAUUCAUACCUUCAACGUUUUGUCUUUAGUAACGCUUGAUCCACCCACUCUUUCAUAUUAAACCCCCUAUUUACUCAAUCAAUCAAAAGACAUGCUAUCGUACGUGUUCCUUUCGUUUUUGAGGUUAUAUAAACCUUUAUUUCCAUUCCCUACUCCACACAAAAACUCACGAAACCUCCAAAAUUUACCUGAAAAUCUCAUCAGUCAAUGACGACCUAUUCGGCAAAAUCCACUGGGAAGGCUCCAGUUGCUCAAUCUUUAAAACCGUCUCCCCAUGGGCCCUGGCUUAGCUGAAUCGGAGCACUGUUUCCGUUUGAUACAUUUUUUGAUAUGAACAGGUAUGAGAAGGGAUAUAAUUGCAUUGUUGUUUAUAUUUUCCUUCUGAAGAUUUUCCUCGCAGUUGUUAAUUUUACAUCUUUGUCAUUUCGUUACUUUCUUACAUGUUAAAGCCGCAUGAUACUAGCGGCAGAGACACAUGUAAUCUUCUGACAAUGAUCAUGAUGCUGUCUAAUAUUGUAAUGUGAGUUGAAAUUUCAGAAAGAAAACAUGCAGACAAAGAUUCAAGUAGGCAAGUGUGUGUAAGAGAAGAUCCGGCUAAGAAAGCCUUGCAAAGCUUCAACUAGCGGAAGCGAAGCCACUUCUGAACUGGCUGAUAUUGAAUCACAGCGACAUAAGACUUAGCUUCCAGAGGCUUGUGGCCAUGCUCAAGGUCGAAGGGAGAAGAACUGUCAUUUCAGAAUAGCCGCCGUCCUAAGUGACAUUGAAGCCGAGAGUUAGUAACCGAGGAACAACACAACAAUCUGCUGCUCCUUCGAUUCUAACAGAGAAAACAUCAUACUUUCUAGCUGAGGUGACUCAUCCAUUCUCAGCUGCUUCAGAAAACGAAUUGGACUUGGAAAAAGGAGAUUGCGUCAUUCUCAUGUUGUUUCUAGAUAGGUUGAAAACAUUAUAGUAACAGGCCACAUCAAAUAUGGAAGAAUUGCAGCGCUUAUGAGAACCAUCUAAAACAGCAGUCUAGUUUAGUUAAGAGAUGAGUCAUGAAUGGAAAAGCCGCCAAGUUAAGAACACAAGCAGCUUCAUCACACUUAAGUUUUGAUGAACAAUGCUUGAACUGUGAGAAAGUUUCCAAGCAUACUCUAUUUGUUUGUGUCUCAAAAUGGGCUAGCCUGCUGGCUAUGCUGCUUCACAAACACCAACAACAGUGCCAGAAGACACUGCUUAUUGCGCGCAUCCUAAUCAGGCAUACCCAACUACUGCAGCUACAGCACCAGUGGCUGCACCGGUCCAGCAAGCUGCUGCUGCUGCUCCUCCUCUUACUACAACACUUACUACUGAGUCUAUAUGUGUUGCUGGUGGUUAGCUAUUUGCUCUUUGGCUACUCAAGUUAAGUAUCUGAAUUUUUAUAUGUCUCUAUGUUCUCAAUCAGUGCUUGGAUUUUCGCUGGUUAUGAUACAGAUUGUAACAGACAAGUUUGAAUCGAAUUCGCUGGUUCGUCGGUUUAACAGAUUAUCGCCGGUUAUGUCACAUAAUUUGGUUUUUGCUAAAUUUUGGGCUAAAUUUGCUAAACCUAAAGUAUAGUGUUUUUUUUUGUUAGCAAUCUAAAAUAUAGUUUGUGUGUGCAUGUUAAGUCUUUCGUCUUGCAUUUCUUGAAAACAGAGACGUUGACUUCUUCCACUUUUAAUCAAGGGAAGUUUACUCAAAUAUACAAUAUUUUAGGACAAUUGACUAGAACCAUACAAAUAUUUUUUUUAUUACUGGCAUUUUUUAAAUACCAAGCGUUUUUUUUACAUUAUGAGAAAAAAAUAUUUACAGGAAUGCCAUUACUUUUCGCUGUCACAUAAGCAAAAACCCGGCGUCACGUAGGAAUUAUGUUCCGUGUUUUCAUUAAGCUAGCCGUAAUUCGCUACAUACGUCGUUACGGCUGAUUUAUAUCUACAUGUCGGCUGAAUAAACAAACGCGGCUGAGUUAAGAGGAAAAGGCUGACUUAAGAACAUAAGUCAGCCAGACGGUACGGCUGAAUUACAAAAAUAUGGCUGAUUUAUGAGAUAAAGGCUGAUUUACAGACAAAGGUUAUGGCUGACUUAUACAUCGGUGGUUUGUUUUAUGGAAAAUUUGGCUGAGUUGUAACUAAGAGACGGCUGAGUUAUGUUUCCCCAGCUGAGUUAAUGAAUAUCGACUGGCUCAGUUAUAUAAUUUACGGCUGACUAAUGUGAUGUUGUUACGGCUGAGUUUAUGAUUAGUCAGCCGUAAUAGGAUGGAUUAACAGUAAACUCAGCUCGGUUACGGCUGACUUAUUAGCAAAAGAUUAAUUACUAGAAUAUCAUUCGUUUGACGGCUGAUCAAUGUGAUGAUACGGCUGAUUUAUCGUUUUUCAUCCUAAUUACGGCUGAUUAAGGAUCAAAAGAUUAAUUACUGAAAUAUUCCAUGGUUCGGCUGACUUACAUCGUAAAUGAGAGCUGAUUUACGGAGGCUGAGUUAUAUAUUUGUUUGUCGGCUGAUUAACCGAUUUUCCAUGUCAUCCGCCAUGUCAUCAACUCGGAUUUACCAUGUCAUUGCUAACGAACUACUUUACAACUACGUUUGUCUGUCUGUUCAUCUUUUUUCUUCAUUUUCUUUAUCUAUAUAUAUAUCUAUCUUCUUCAACUUAUUCUUCAUCUUUCUCCGAGAUCUUAUGGAUCCGGUAAUUAAUGUUUAUGGUAACAGAUAUGUAUUCAACGCCGACAAUAGAGAGUGUAGAGUUCUGCAUUUAAAUGAGAAAACAAAACAUGAAGAAUUCGCAAAGUAUGUACUCGAUGAUUACAUAUUGAAUGAAUUGAGAACAGCAGAUUGAAUUCGCAACAACAGAUAUGUAUUCAACGAACGACACUCCACCAGUUUACGGAGAACAAGGAUGACGAAAUGAAUUGGAAUGACAGAGCAAGAGAGACGAUGAAAAGAAUUGGGUUUUAAUGUUUUGUAUUACGACUAGGUUUUGGGUAUUAAUGUUUUACAUUACGACUGAGUUAUAUAAACAUGUUACGAUUAUAUUGGGUUUUCUUGAUUAGUAUAACAGCUGAGGUAUGGAUUUUAAUGUUUUCGUAUUACGACUGAGUUAUCGUUAAUUUCUGCCUUAUUUAACUUUUUAAACUCCUCGUGAUUAUCGUCUCCAUGUUAUAAAUGGCAUCGAUAUUAGUUCUGAGCCGUCAAAUCAAGAAAGACGAAACGUCCCAUUAUUAUAAGGCGUUUAAUAUAAUAAAAAAGGAUUACCGUGAAUGUUAAAUAAGUUUUUAAAUACUAAAGUAUCGUCUCGAUGUUAUAAAAGCCUCGAUAUUAGUUCUGAGCCGUAUUUUCCAAACUCAGCCGUCCCAAAGUAUCAAUCCUAAAUCUCGAUGGGCCAUGAUAAAACCCAAAAUAUUAGCGGCUGAGUUAUGUUAAUAUUAAUGGCUGAGUUGUAUUAUGAGUUAAAUAAUAAAGUAUUACCGUCUCGAUCUCUACGAAGGCGUCGAUGUUAUAUUAAACAACAUGGCUGAGUUAUGUCAAAUAUCAUUGCUUAGUUAUAUGAACGUUACAUUAAUGGAUUAUUUCCCGAUACUAGAAUUGCCUGAAGAGAUUCAGGCGUUAGUGGUUGAAUGUGUGGCCGGUAACUCCUUCACAGAUCUCUAUGGCCUAAGAGCAUCGUGCAAGACGAUGAAGGCGUUAGCAGAGCGGAGCAGGGUAAACCAUUUUUACGAUGUGUUAUCCGUUCCCAGGAGACUCAAUAUGCCUCCUGAGUUGUUUAAAACUUGCUACGCAGAGAGAAAUCCAAGCACGCUUUAUAUGAAGGGUGUACAGUUUUUCUUCACAUUUAACCUUCAGGAAGAAGGACUUGCUUUCAUGAAGCUUGCAGCGGAUGAAGGAUAUGAGCGUGCUGUGUAUACAUACGCAAUGACUAGAAAAAUAUUUUGGGGUGAUGAAGAGUAUUUUGCUCGUUUUACGAGGGAAUCUGUUGUCAGGAUCGGGAAACUAGUUCGAUCUCUAAAAUGGGCAUGGGGUUUGUCGCACAGUGACGAGUUUAUGGCAAAGAGGGACGAGUUCAUUUCAACCGUUGUUCCUUCGUUCUAUAGUUGCCAAUGUGAUCCUGUUAUGGAGCGAGAUUGGGUCUUGUGGUACAUUGAAAACAGUAAGGGUGACAAAAUGUGUAACCGCUGUUUCUGGAUCAAAGAUGUAUUCUAUCAGAAUCUUUUCUCUUUUUAUGUUCUUUGCUGUGACAUUAUUACGGCUGGUUUAUAUUUUACAUUAUGGUUGGGUUGUUGUCUUUUAAUUACGGCUGAUUUUUGUAAAAAUGGUUCUCUUCAAUUACGGCUGAGUUUUAAUUUCAUAAUGAAUGAGAUAUUUUGUUGGAGUGUUAUUAAAUACGACAUGACUGGGUUAAUUAAAUACGUGAUAGCCGAGUUAUUGUUACUUAAAGGCUGAGGUAAUAUUAACUUUUUGGCUGAGUUUUGUAAAAAAAUCCAAGAUAAAGACUCGGAAUCCGCCAUGUCAACAAACUCCUUGCCAUGUCAUCACUAACGAACGAAAUUUAUUACUUUCUUUAUGAGACUGUUCAUGUUCUUCUUCAUCUUAGUUAUUUAUCGUCUUCAUCUUUCUC